AUGCUUGAUUAUCUCUACCUCGUAAUAGAAUUAUAUGGUCUUAGAACCGUGCUUUAUUUUGUAUUUUUGUUACUAGGAGAAAUAUAUAAAUGCUUGUAACCAUUUCCAAAUCUUAAGAAAAAAUAUGGGUAGGAUUGUUGGGCAGUAGUUACAGGGGCAACAGAUGGAAUUGGAAAAGCUUAUUGUUAAGAAUUAGCGAAAUAAAAUGUUAAUGUUUGUAUGAUUAUCAGAAAUAAAGAAAAAGGAGAUAAAUUAGUUUAGGAAUUAAGUGCUAAAUCUACGUCUAAGUUUAGAAUUGUUAUAGCUGAUUUCUUACAAUGUGCAGAAGUAGAUUUCUUUGAUAAAAUUUAUGAGUAAAUCAAGGAUCUCGAUAUAGGAAUACUUAUAAAUAAUGUUGGAGUUUCAAUGAAAAACCCUUUUGAGAGACAACAAGAAUCUGACAUUCGAUAAAUGCUUACAAUAAAUAUAUUCCCUGUGGUUUUCCUGACAAAAAAAGUUCUGCCAAUUAUGAAACAAAGAAAAAGUAGAUCUGCUAUCAUCAAUCUAUCAUCUGUUGCAGGUAGAUUGCCAUUGCCUUAUCAUUAAACCUAUUCUGCAACAAAAGCUUUUGAUGAUCAUUUUUCAUAAUCUUUAGCGAUAGAAGUUGAGGGAAUAGAUAUAUUGUCACAUCGACCAUUUUUUGUUACUACUCCUUUGACAAAUUAUGAAAAGGAGGCUGGAGCAAUUACACCAGAAUAAUGUGCUCGAGGAGGAUUAUAAAGAUUGGGUUUGGAAGUAACAAGCCAUGGAUAUUGGUAUCACAGGGUCAUGGGAGUUUUAUUAACUUAUAUCAUACCUUAAUCUAUUAGAACAAAGUAAUUGAAGUAAGUUUUGAUUAAAAGAGCAAAAAAGAAUCAAUGA